GAAAACUCCAAUAAAGAUUGGAUUGAUUGAAUUAUUGAUGAAGGGACCUUGCAACUUGGAUGCACUCAAAAUAAAAAUCCACUUCAUCGUCUUCACUCUGCAUUCAGAGAGAACAUCAGCAAUACAAAGAAAUACACCAUUGAAUAGGAGUCGUACUAUUCGCAUAGAGAAAUUGUGAACCGGGCAAUCACAUCUCAUGAAGAUGGAAGUAAAAGCCAAGCAAAAAUUAUUUUCACCAUCUUCAUUUCAUGACUCUUGAUGCUCUAGCCCCUUCUUCCACUACUAUAUAAAGAGCCAUUUGGGAGCUGAAAAGAACACACCAAUUCGGAGAGAAAUCUUCUUCCUCUUUUCUUUAGCUUUGUUCAUAGUAGUAGUCAUAUAAUAAAAGUGAUUCUGUCAAGAACACUUUCUGUAAAUUUCAGUUCGUAAUUUUCAUUUCCAGAAUUUUAGUUCUUUAAUUUCAACAAUCAAGUUCAUUUGGGAAGUAUCAGCCAGAAUCAUUCUCAGCUUAAGGAUUUUACUUUCUCUACUCCAUCUCAUUAUUUAUGCCAUCAGGCUUGCAUUGCCCUCGGCGAGCAGGCCCGGAGGCUGGAGGUGUGGCGCAUGCACAAGGCUGAGUAGGAUGCAAAAAUGAAGGAACUCGUUCACCAGAAUUCUGAUGCCAUCAGGCAAAUGGCCGCGCUGGAGGAGAGCCUUCGGCAGAUGACGCUGCGAGCGGAGGCAGUUGACCGGGGCAAGGCCGAGGCUGAGAGGUCCGCAGCUGAAGCCAUUGAAAAGGCCGCCAAGGAGGCCGAGGCCGCCAAGGCGGAAGCCGUUGCCAAGGCACGAGAGGAGGCCAUCUCUGGAUUCCUGGCAGAGGGGUGGAAAGCCGAGGGGCACAAACAAUGGCUGUCCUCGGUUGUAGAGUCCUCUGUUGACGAGUGGUGUGACGGGCCCGGCGUAGAGUGGGUUUCCCGAAAGGGCCAGCAAUAUUAUGAUGGGGGUGAGUUUUUUACUCAGGCCCUCAUCUACCGGAGGAUGGCCCGUCAUUUGAAGAUCGACCCGAAGGAUUUUGACCCGGCAGCAUAUGGCCUCCCUCCCCUACAGCCAGAUGUUCGUGUUCCCCUCCCUCCGGAUGUCCAAAGGCCAGACCUAGAAGAUACAGAGCUGGUGAAGGAGGUCGAGGGUGAUGGUGAGGAGGCUGGAGCAGAGGUCACCUCGAAGCCUGUUGAGGAAGCAAAGGUUGGG